AUGGCGCCCACGAACGUGCCAGCCCCGCUCGCGGGCAAGAAGAGGAGAAUCGGUGUCAUGACCAGCGGAGGAGACGCCCCCGGCAUGAACGGCGCGGUGCGAGCUGUCGUCCGCAUGGCCAUCCACAACGACUGCGAGGCCUUCGCCAUCUACGAGGGCUACGACGGGCUUGUCAAGGGCGGCGACAUGAUUAAGGAGAUGCUCUGGGAGGAUGUUCGAGGCUUCUUGUCUGAGGGAGGCACUCUCAUCGGCACAGCGCGUUGCAUGGAAUUUAUGCAGCGAGACGGUCGCCGAAGAGCCGCAAAGAACAUGAUCAUCAAGGGCAUCGACGCUCUCAUCAUCUGUGGUGGUGAUGGCUCUCUCACCGGUGCCGACAGGUUCCGUGACGAGUGGCCCAGUCUGCUCGAGGAGUUGGUUCAGAGGAAAGAACUCAGCAAGGAGCAGGUUGACCCCUUCAGGCACCUCAACAUCGUUGGCCUUGUCGGCUCCAUCGACAACGACCUGUCCAUGACUGAUGCCACAAUUGGAUGCUACACGUCUCUUGCUCGUAUCUGCGAGGCCAUUGACUCGGUCGACACCACAGCCGUCAGCCACCAGCGUGCGUUCGUUAUCGAGGUCAUGGGAAGGCACUGCGGUUGGCUCGCCCUUAGCGCUGGUGUAGCAACUGGAGCAGACUUUGUCUUCACACCCGAGAACCCACCGCAUCCGGGCUGGGAGAAGGAGAUGCUCAAGCAGGUCAAGAAGCAGAGAGACAUGGGCAAGCGCAAGACCAUUGUCGUUGUCGCCGAAGGUGCCAUCGAUCGCAACCUCAAGAAGAUCACUUGCGAGCAGGUCAAGGACGUACUCGCAAACGACGGCAAGCUCGACACAAGAAUCACCACACUUGGCCACGUCCAGCGUGGAGGUACCCCGUCUGCCUACGACCGCAUGCUUGCAACCCUGCAGGGUGCUGAGGCCGUCAAGGCAGUCUUGGAGGCUACUCCUGACACGCCCAGCCCUGUCAUUUGCAUUCAAGAGAACAAGAUCGUCCGCCGAUCUCUCCUAGAAGCUGUUGCGCAGACCAAGGAGGUCGCUGUUGCCAUUGAGAACAAGGAUUUCGACCGUGCUAUGCAGCUCCGCGACGCCGAAUUUGCCGACCAGUACAAGUCGUACUACAUCACCACAGCGGCGAACUUGCCCGAGCUUCGCCUGCCAGAAGAGAAGCGUAUGCGUGUUGGUAUCAUCCACGUUGGUGCGCCAGCUGGUGGUAUGAACGCCGCCACUCGCGCUGCGGUAGCAUACUGCAUUGCGCGCGGCCACACACCAGUUGCGCUCCACAACGGCUUCCCUGGUAUCAUCCGUCACCACUCAGACGAGCCAGUGGGUGCUGUGCGUGAGAUCAAGUGGAUCGACGCCGAGACAUGGGCCUCCAAGGGUGGAUCUGAAAUUGGUACCAACCGUGGACUGCCCAGCGAAGAUCUAGAGACCUGUGCCAUGGUUUUCAAGAAGUUCAACAUUCAGUCGCUGUUUGUUGUUGGUGGUUUUGAGGCCUUCACAGCCGUGUCCGAGCUCCGCAAGGCUCGCGAGCACUACAAGGCGUUCAAGAUUCCUAUGGUCAUCGUCCCGGCCACUAUCUCCAACAACGUUCCCGGAACGGAAUACUCAAUUGGCUCGGACACAUGUCUGAACGCUCUGAUCCAGUACGCCGAUGCCUGCCGUCAGUCCGCCUCCGCUUCGCGCCGCCGUGUCUUCGUCAUUGAGACUCAAGGUGGUGAAUCCGGCUACAUCGCGACCGUCGCCGGUCUCUCCAUUGGCGCGCUUGCUGUCUACACGCCUGAGGACGGCAUCAACCUUAAGAUGCUGGACCGCGACAUCGACCACCUGCGCGAUGUGUUCAAGAAGGACAAGGGUAUCUCGCGCUCUGGAAAGGUCAUUCUGGUCAACGAGAAGGCGAGCAAGACAUACUCGGUCCAGAUCAUCGCGCAGAUGAUUGCAGAGGCCGGCAAGGGCAAGUUCGAGUCGCGACACGGUGUGCCCGGGCACUUCCAGCAGGGCACCACGCCCUCGCCCAUGGAUCGUGUCCGCGCCGUGAGGUUCGCGACAAAGGCCAUGCAGCACCUUGAGGAGUUCAUCGGCCAGGACCCAGAUGAGAUUGACGACGACCCCAUGAGCAUCAGUGUGGUUGGUAUCAAGGGAUCCAAGCUGCUGUUCAGCCCCAUGGAACAGGUCGAGAAGAAGGAGACUGAGUGGCACAGGAGGCGUCCCAAGCACGAGUUCUGGAUGGCACUCAAGGAGACGGUUGACACGCUGUCUGGUCGUCCUCAGGCGCCAAAGACCCCUACGCCUAUUGAUACCCUGGCGGGGAGACCGAGCAGCAGUGGCUCAGCGUUGUAA